CAUGCCGUUUUUGGGCCAAGACUGGAGAUCCCCUGGAUGGAGAUGGGUUAAAACAGAAGAUGGAUGGAAACGAUGUGAACCCUUCAGUCCUGCACUUGAGGAUGGGAAUAGUCAGCUGAAUGAUAUCAGUCACACUGUCAUCAUAACUGGUGAUGAUGAGGAUGAAGAAAUAUACAGUACUGAAGACUGUGAGUUUGCAGCCAAGAAAAGGAAAAAAGAUCAUUUUAGGAAUAACACAGAUUCGCAAUGUUUUUAUCGUGAAAAGUGGAUUUACGUUCAUAAGGAAAGCACCAGAGAAAGACAUGGCUAUUGCACUUUGGGAGAAGCUUUUAACCGCUUAGACUUUUCAAGUGCAAUUCAGGACAUCAGAAGGUUCAAUUACGUGGUCAAACUUUUGCAGUUAAUUGCAAAAUCCCAGUUAACUUCACUGAGUGGUGCAGCACAGAAGAACUACUUUAACAUUUUGGACAAAAUUGUGCGGAAGGUCAUGGAAGACCAAUAUAAUCCACGAUUAAUCAAAGAUCUUCUACAGGAUCUGAGUUCAACUCUCUGUAUACUGCUUAGGGGAGUAGGAAAAUCUGUGUUGGUAGGGAACAUCAAUAUUUGGGUUUGCCGAUUAGAAACUGUCCUUCUGUGGCAACAACAACUAAAAAACCUUCAGAUUAACAAGCAAGUCAGCAGUGGUCUUACACUUAGCGAUCUCCCUCUCCAUAUGCUGAAUAACAUCUUAUACAGGUUCUCUGAUGGCUGGGACAUUAUUACUCUGGGUCAAGUGACCCCGACUUUGUACAUGCUCAGUGAAGACAGACAGUUGUGGAAAAAACUCUGCCAGUACCAUUUUGCGGAAAAGCAGUUUUGUAGGCAUUUGAUUCUAUCAGAGAAAGGUCACAUUGACUGGAAGCUGAUGUACUUUGCACUUCAGAAAUAUUACCCAAUAAAGGAACAGUACGGGGACACCUUGCAUUUCUGUCGACACUGUAGUAUUCUGUUUUGGAAGGAUACAGGACACCCCUGCACAGCCAGUGAUCCAAACACCUGUUUCAUGCCAGUAUCUCCUCAGCAUUUCAUUGAUCUCUUCAAAUUUUGAGAUGUUCAGUAGCUGUUCUCCUGUGUUUGUGGCCAUUUUUGUGAAGAAUCGGGCAGGAUACGUUAUGCUUUUUGUGCAAUAUA